GCGUGACAUAAGGUACAAUCAUGGUACACCAUCGAAAACAAUAUAGCAUGAUGGGCAUGGUAGAUAAUAAGCAGAAUGUGAAGGUAAAAGAAGGGGGAGGUGAAAAUAUGAAUGCGAAAGAGAAAAAGAAGCAAAUUAAAGAAGGUGAUAAGAAAAAGGGGGAGAAGAAGAUGACUAGGUACAAGGAGGAUAAAGAGAGAAUGAAGGGUAAUGACAAGAAGGAAAAGGAGAAGGGGCGUCGGCGGAAAAGGAAAGAAAAUGAGAAGAAGAUGAACACACGCAAGGAAAGAGGGGAGGGGAAAGAGAAUGAGACAGAAGACCAGGAGUGGCGAGAAAAUAAGAAAGAGAUAGAGGAGGGACAAAAGGAGAUAUAUGAGCAGAAUGGAUGGAAGGAGAAUGAUAAAAAGGAGGAGGAUUCGAAGGAAAGGGAUGCGAAUGACCAGAAUGACAAGAAAAAGUGCCCUCAAUUCUUUAGGACACUCAUAACCAGUUCAUCUAUGGAACAAGAGACAAUUCCAGAGGACUGUCACAAAUACUUGGAAGAGUGUACAGGAGUGGUUUCAUUGAGAGGUCCAAGCGGAAAUUUAUGGCCCGUAGAGCUGGCUAAAAUCUCCGGGGAGCUAUGCUUUGGUCGUGGAUGGAAGGAGUUCCUCUGCGACCAUCGCAUCGGGUAUGGCUACCUGCUGGUUUUCCGUUACGACGGGCAAUCACAGUUCUCAGUGACGGUAUUCUUGCCAUCGUCCUGCGAGGCACCGAACGUGUCUCUCGCCCAGCCGCAGCGCAUGGAUGCCGGCGUGGCCGCAGAGGAUGAGAGUGGACACACGGGCACCAAUGCAGAUGGUACUGCCCCACAAGAAGAAGACUCUCACAUUGGCACAGGUGCAGAUGGUACCCCACAAAACGAAGAAGGAGAAGAAGAAGAAGAUGCUUCAGAAGAAUAUGAAGGGGGGGACAACAUGAGUGUCGAUGCUGAUGGCAGUGGUCCACCAGAUGAACAGCAAGACAGAUCAUCAGAGGGUCCGGAGAGUGAGCAAGACAGUGAAUGGUGCAGCGCACCAUCGAACCAACAGAAGGUUGAUGAUAUCAUGUCAGAAGUGCUCCGAUCCAAGAAGUCCAAGGCUAAGGAGGAGAAAAGGCAUGAAGCUCUAUCUGGUGAUUCGGAGUCAGAAGGAGAAGCAUUCGGUGACAGUUUAGCAACAGAGUCGGAGCAUCGUCCACCCAGGAAGUCCAAGGCUGCUGAGGAGAAAAGGCCUGAAGCUCCAUCAGGUGGCAGUUUGGCAGAAUCGGUCCGUCGUCCACCCAAGAAGUCCAAGGCUGAGGAGAAAAAGUAUAACGCUUUAGCUUCAAAAGGAGAAGCAUCAAGUGACAAUUUGGCAGAAUUGGAGCAUCGUCCAGCCAGGAAGUCCAAGGCUGCGAAGAGGAAAAGACCUGAAGCUGAAUCUGGGCAUUCGGAGACUGACGGAGCAGAAUCAGGUGACAGUAUAGCAGAAUUGGUCCGUCGUCCACCCAAGAAGUCCAAGGCUAAGGGGAAAAGGUCUGCUGCUUCAUCAGCUUCUAAAGGAACAACAUCAAUUGACAGUUUGGCAGGUGUAUUUGCACCAGAAUCCAUAUGCAAGGACUUGACCACGUUACGCAAAUCUUGUGGUAACAAAUAUAGAAUGGAAUCCCAGUUCCCGAUGUUCAAUAAGAGCAAUAGUGAAAACCAACCUGGUAGAGUUCUCAUCAAAGUACAGAGAAGGCCGGAAUUAAAGUCGCAGAGACGUCCAGUAACCCAAAGUGACAAGAAAGACGCCAUGAACAGGGCGCGGAGGUUAGAAUCCAAGAGGCCCUAUGUGAUGAAGGAAAUGAAUCACACCAAUGUCUAUGGCUCGUGCUUCAUGAUAAUCCCAGACAUGUUCGUUGAAAAUUUCCUCCCGAAGGACAGCAGGAAGAUGACACUGUGGGACCCGCAAGCGAAGCCAUGGAAGGUGUCGUACGAGUAUACCGGUGGAGAACGUCCCCGUGCAGCGUUCAGCACUGGGUGGGGCGUGCUAGCCAUGGAGAACAACCUGGAGAAGUGGGACAUCUGCAUCUUGGAGCUCCUGGACCAGGAGGACAACAUCAAGCUGCACGUCUUCAGGGCCGUGCUGGAGAUUACCCCCUUCGUCCUAGCCCCAAAACAUAGUCCACAGGGUUGUCCAUACCCCUUUGUUGUUGUUCUAGUAAUAUCUUCGAUGAUGGAGGCGCGUGUUGGUGAAUAUUUUGUUGAAUUAUUAUCGGAUCAUAUUGCUUGGUGAAUCGUGUUUGUGACUGUUUUAUUGAGUAUUGGCAUUCGUUGGUUUUCUUGUCGUGGCAAUAUGUGUGCGUGCGUGUGCAUGUGUGUGCUUGUGUUACUAGCUAAAGUACCGAAUGCCAUGUUUGCUUCUAGUAACCACUUUGUU